ACAAGAGAUUAAAUUUAUGAAUCAUGGAUAUUCAGUCAUAUGCAAAUUUAUUAAAUAUUUAGAUGCAAAAGUUUGUCUUCCAUUAUGAUUCUACUCAUCUGGAACUUGAAAAGGAUUUCUUCUCAUUGAGGAUACUUGUAACGAACUAGAUACUCAUACUCACGAUUCAAAUUUGAGUGGUUAAGCUGAAAUAACUCCGUUCCGACGAGUUUGAUGGAAGGAAAAGAAAGGAGAAGAAAAUCUGCAGAAUACGAAGCAGUGGUAAGUGCAGGCCCGCACCUGAGACGCCUCCAACAAGCCCACGCUCACCUGGUGGUGACAGGCUGUCACCGGAGCCGCGCUCUGCUCACGAAGCUCCUCACGCUAUCGUGCGCCGCGGGUUCCAUCGCCUACACUCGCCGCCUCUUCCGUUCCGUUUCCGACCCAGAUUCUUUCCUCUUCAAUUCCCUCAUCAAAGCCUCUUCAAACUUCGGUUUUUCCCUCGACGCCGUUUUCUUCUACCGUCGCAUGCUACACUCUCGCAUUGUUCCUUCCACUUACACCUUCACCUCCGUCAUCAAGGCCUGCGCCGAUCUUUCCCUCCUCCGACUCGGCACGAUCGUUCAUUCCCACGUUUUCGUUUCUGGGUAUGCCUCAAAUUCCUUCGUCCAAGCCGCAUUAGUCACGUUCUACGCGAAAUCGUGCACCCCUCGUGUUGCCCGGAAGGUAUUCGAUGAAAUGCCUCAGAGAAGUAUCAUAGCUUGGAACUCCAUGAUUUCGGGGUACGAGCAGAACGGGCUUGCCAGUGAGGCUGUGGAGGUUUUUAACAAAAUGCGUGAGUCCGGGGGCGAGCCGGAUUCUGCGACUUUCGUUUCAGUGUUAUCUGCUUGCUCUCAACUGGGAUCGCUUGACUUGGGGUGUUGGCUGCAUGAGUGCAUUGUUGGGACUGGAAUUAGAAUGAACGUGGUUCUUGCUACCUCGUUGGUGAACAUGUUUUCACGGUGUGGUGACGUGGGAAGAGCACGUGCAGUUUUUGAUUCGAUGAAUGAAGGGAAUGUUGUUUCAUGGACGGCUAUGAUAUCCGGUUACGGGAUGCAUGGCUAUGGUGUUGAGGCAAUGGAGGUUUUUCAUCGAAUGAAGGCAUGUGGGGUGGUGCCUAAUAGAGUCACUUAUGUUGCUGUGUUAUCUGCAUGUGCGCAUGCAGGGCUAAUUAACGAAGGGCGUUUAGUGUUUGCAAGCAUGAAGCAAGAGUAUGGUGUGGUGCCAGGAGUGGAGCACCAUGUUUGCAUGGUUGAUAUGUUUGGGCGAGGUGGGUUGCUCAAUGAGGCAUACCAGUUUGUUAGAGGGCUUAGUUCUGAGGAGCUUGUUCCAGCGGUGUGGACUGCGAUGCUUGGAGCUUGCAAGAUGCAUAAGAAUUUUGACCUUGGUGUGGAGGUUGCUGAGAAUCUCAUCUCAGCAGAACCAGAGAAUCCUGGCCAUUAUGUGUUGCUUUCUAACAUGUAUGCAUUGGCGGGGAGGAUGGAUAGAGUGGAAUCUGUUAGGAAUGUGAUGAUCCAAAGAGGCCUUAAGAAGCAAGUGGGUUAUAGCACCAUAGAUGUCGAAAACAGGAGUUACCUUUUUAGCAUGGGUGACAAGUCUCACCCUGAGACUAAUGAGAUUUACUGUUAUUUGGAUGAGUUGAUGUGGAGGUGUAAGGAUGCAGGCUAUGCACCUGCGCCCGAGUCCGCGAUGCACGAGUUGGAAGAAGAAGAAAGGGAGUAUGCCCUCAGAUACCACAGUGAGAAGCUAGCAGUAGCAUUUGGGCUGAUGAAAACUUGCCAUGGGGUGACUCUCAGGAUUGUCAAGAACCUUAGGAUAUGUGAAGACUGUCAUUCAGCUAUUAAGUUCAUCUCUGUUGUAAUGAAUAGAGAGAUAAUUGUUCGGGAUAAACUUCGUUUCCAUCAUUUUAGAGAAGGCUCGUGUUCUUGUUCAGAUUAUUGGUGAUGGGAUUUAAACCUGCGUGAAUCUGACUAAAGAGGUAAAAGAGAAGAAUACUAUUUAAUAGGAAUAGUUUCAAACUAAGUGAUGCAAACUAUUUUUUUUCACCUUUCGAGCAAAAUAUUUGGUGCUAAAUAUGAUUUCUUAUUUGAAUAACUAUAGGAGAGAAACCUUGAACCACACACAAUAAGGUUUAGAGAUAGAAACACGAGACAAAGUACACCAUAGUGAAAACAAUGAAAAAAACAAAUUUAACAUAGUUUGACCUUCUUAUUUACAUUUACGAAAAUGUCUUAAUAAAUUUUCAUUAUCUUAAAAAAAAUUACAAAUUUAUCCAAAAAAAAACUUAAGUUU